AGAGAGAGAGAGAGAGAGAGACUAACUAACAGAAUUAUCUGAGCAAGGUGUUUCUCUCCCUUUUACCAGUUAGAAGUUACUGAAUAAUUCAUGACAGCAGGGAAAGGCUGUCUUCUCCCUGGGUGAUGGAUAACGGAGCAGGAGAGUGCUUGCAGUGGGUUUGCCACAUCAGCCAGCACUCUUGCUUCUGAGCACAGGGUGCGCUCCUCUCCAGCUCAGCUUUUCUUGCAGCCAGGCAUCCUCGAGGUUGCUGCCUGCCCACCCGCCUGGGCUUGUAGCCUCACCACUUCACUUUCUCCAAUUCUGAUGCCAGCUGAGGAGACUCCCCACAGCUGCUGGCUCCUGCCUGGGACCAUGUGUGUGGAUGCUGCUUGGGAGAAGCAAGGCGCUUGCUCCUGGCAUGGAUCCCAGCUCAGUUUCUCCUGUUGACUUCUGGACCACAGAUGCUGCUGCUGAGGAGGGAUUUCCUGGCAUCUCUCCUGCUAUCAUCAGCUAAGGACUGGCCCCAAAUCAAGCAGGCAAGUGUCAGGAUGGCCCGCGCUGCAAGAAGCCAACGCUAGGGUGCGAGGUGUGAAGAGUUGUCCAGAAUGACCAACUCCUCCUCCACUUCCACCUCCUCCACCACCGGGGGAUCGCUGUUACUGCUCUGCGAGGAAGAAGAGUCCUGGGCCGGUCGGCGGAUUCCGGUGUCUCUCCUGUAUUCGGGGCUGGCCAUAGGGGGCACGUUGGCCAACGGCAUGGUCAUCUAUCUCGUAUCGUCCUUCCGAAAGCUGCAGACCACCAGCAACGCCUUCAUCGUGAACGGCUGCGCCGCGGAUCUCAGCGUCUGCGCCCUCUGGAUGCCACAGGAGGCGGUGCUGGGGCUCCUGCCCGCCGGCUCCGCGGAACCACAGCGACGUCUCAGCGGCCUGUCGGUGCUGCUGCUUUGCUGCGUCUUCUUGCUGGCCACGCAGCCGCUGGUGUGGGUGAGCCUGGCCAGCGGCUUCUCGCUGCCGGUGCCCUGGGGCGUGCAGGCGGCCAGCUGGCUCCUGUGCUGCGCCCUGUCGGCGCUCAACCCUCUGCUCUACACGUGGAGGAACGAGGAGUUCCGCAGAUCCGUGCGAUCGGUCCUGCCUGGCGUCGGGGAUGCGGCUGCAGCCGCCGCGGCCGCCACCGCGGUGCCAGCCAUGUCCCAGGCGCAGCUGGGCACCCGGGCGGCUGGCCAGCACUGGUAACUCACCUGGCCCUGGGGAGCUUCCUAUGCCAUCUGCUGCAUCACCUCCUCUCUUUGUAAGCUACCCCCAGCCCCAGAGAAGAUCCCCGUGGGGAAGAGUUUGCCUUCCUUUCCCAGUGCAAUACCUGAACCGAGGUCUUUCCCUAAAUGGAGUCCCAAAGUAAUCGUGCACCACCACCAGAUUUUUCUCCUUUGUUCCCGUGUUUUAGAGGCACCCUUACGUCCAGGCACCCAGACUGCAAGGAUUUGUAAACUGACGUUUUAAAAGAACCAGUUAAUUUAUUUCAAGUUUGCUUUGAAACAUAGCUUUCAAAACAUACAACUCUUCCAACCUCCAUCGUCUUAUAUAUGGAGCGCCUUGAGUGUAUGAGUGUGUGCAUGAGUCAAAGGGAAUACUAUGGAGGAAGAAACUGUGUGUGUAGACAGCAUUUUAAUCAUGCUUCCUUCUGUUACAGUUUUUAGUCUUUGUAUAUUGGCCUGAAAGAGUGAAACCACAGGUGUGUACCCCGGUGUGUAUUGUCAUUGAGACUUCAAGCCCUUUUUUCUUUAAAGGGUCAUUAUUGAGUCAUUUAUGAAGCGAGAUAGACUCUCAGUCAGUGAGGAAACAAACCAAAUUUAUUGUUUUACACCCCUCUCUACUCAUCUCUAAGGUGGAAAGCUAGCGUUGGGUGUUACAUGUAAAAAUUUCAAGCUUGCUAGUGGAUGGUCUGAAACCAGAAAUGGAAUUUUGGAAACAAAAAAGGGGGGGGGCUAUCUAUUUUAGGUAGUAGCUUCACAUUUUCUAAAGCAUGCACACUUCCUGCUACCCACAUUUGUAAUCAAUUUAUUCGCCUCUGAGUGUGACCGCAGCUUUGAACAUUCUGUACUAUAAUGGUUGCUAAGGAGAAUGAAUCCUGCCUUCUCUUUAAAGAUGUCUCAAUGCACACGAUAUACUUAAACACUAAUGCCAUAAUUGCAUAGCUGAUGUUAGCUGCCAUUGCAUGCUCCUAGAUGCUAGAACAUAUUGGGCAUGUGGUACCCAAAGCAAUACCCACGAGACAAGGACAUUUUACUUCUUCCAGACGCCAGAAGGGAUGGCCUUUCACCAUUUGGAAAGAGACACAGAUACACCUGUGGCUGCCUAGAGUUCUGGUCUUGACCUGGUUUGUGAGACAACUGCCAUUUGGAACUUCGGUUCCUAAAUGAAACUGAUGGUCAAGAUGAUACACGAAUACAGAUUGACUCUCCAAAGCCACUUGUGCUUUUAAGGGGUUAGGCAAGUCACCCGCUAGGAAGUAUCACUGUUUUAUGUUAUUCAUAUAUAUUGCCAUGCCAUUUAUUAUCAGUAUCAUGUCUGUUGAAGAUGGAAUAGUACACUCAGUGGUAUGUCAAAGGCACGUUCCAAAUGGGACUCUACUCUCCAAUGUCUCAGUUGAGGUUUCCCAUCUUCAUCUUUGUUUUCAGAUACAUUUUCAAUGUGCAAAACCAUGUGACAUCAUCUCAUGAAAUUAAACAGGGAAGACAGUAAUAAGAGGCACAGAGCAGUCUGUUAGCCACAUCGAGUCUGGGGCCAAACAGCCUCAACAAACUUCAUAAUUCAGAAGCAAAGACAGCUUGCCUUGCUGCACUCUUGGACUAAGAACGGUAGGAACACUUGUACAUUUGAAUAAUUAUGGGAGACACAGAGAAUGGACAUUUUUGGAGGAAAACAAAAUAAAAUAAAUGUUUGUCCCUAACAAUA